CCCAGUUUCAUCGAGCCAUCCGACUUCGUUGUGUGCGUCGACUUGACACCCACGACAAUCACCGCCGACAACACCAUCCCCCGGGACAUUAGAUCACCAGGAUGUCCUCUUUUGAACCAGUGGUGCGUCGUCAUCGACGGCAAAGGACACCUCCUCGGUCGUCUGGCCAGCACUGUCGCCAAGCAGCUGCUCAACGGUCAGAAGAUCGUCGUUGUGAGAUGUGAGGCCCUCAACAUCUCCGGCGAGUUCUUCCGCGCGAAGCUCAAGUACCACGCCUACCUUCGCAAGAUGACUCGCUUCAACCCCACCCGUGGUGGUCCCUUCCACUUCCGCGCUCCUUCCCGCAUUCUCUACAAGGCUAUCCGCGGCAUGAUUCCCCACAAGACCCCCCGUGGUGCCGCCGCUCUGGAGCGCCUUAAGGUCUUCGAGGGUGUCCCCCUCCCUACGACAAGAAGAAGCGUGUCGUUGUCCCCCAGGCUCUCCGUAUCCUGCGCCUGCGCCCCGGCCGCAAGUACUGCACCGUUGGCCGUCUCAGCCACGAGGUUGGCUGGAAGUACCAGGAUGUUGUUUCCCGGUAUACUCGAGGAGCGUCGGAAGGUCAAGAGCAAGGCUUACUACGAGCGCAAGAAGGCCGCUCGUCGCAACCUUGUCAAGGCCGAGCAGGGAGCGAAUGUGGACAGCAAGACCAAGACCCAGCUUGCUCAGUAUGGUUACUAGAUACCUUUAGCGCGGCUGGUUGUUGUGUCGAGCGAUGGUUCUGGGAUGGGAUCGCGGACGGUUUUCUUUCAGCGAAUUUGAACGACAAGCCGACCGAACUUCUUCUGCGGCCCGGUCCUCUAACUCAUGAAUACCACUGUCUGUGACGCACAUGA